GAUACUGUUGUCCGCCGAUAGCGCGUGCUGUACGCUGCGCUCAGGAUAUGCUUGUUCUUUAGUGGCGUUUUGAGCAAGGCGGUAAUCGCAAACAUAUUUAACAGUUCUUUUACGUCGACCGUUCGUUGUGCAGCAAAUAAGGUAUUUACAGUUAUUCAUCAAAAUGCCAGCUCUACUGGCAGAACACCCUGGCUGCACACGUGCACAAAUUGAAGAUUUUCCAUCUCAACCGUCCCUCAAGAACAUACAAAAUUCUUUCUACGGCCGUUUGCCAAAACAACAACAUGCCUCUCUACAAGAAAUCGCAAAGGCGCACAUCGAAAGCUUUAAUUGGGCAAUGGAAGAAGGUUUACAGCUUGCACUAAAUGAAAUCAAUCCUUUGGAGUUUAUGAUAGGAAAAUCUCGGGUAAAGAUGAUUAUAUCGAAAGCUGAAGUUUACCAUCCCGCUGUUAGUCGUCUCGCUGGCAACUGUCGGAUACUACAGGUCUACCCAAAAGAAUGUCGUAUACGCCGCAUAUCAUACCGGGGGAAGUUAGAUUUGACACUCGACUGGUGGAUGAAUGGAAUCAAGCAAGAGCCGAUCAAAAGAACUUGUGGCGAGAUACCGAUCAUGGUGAAAUCACUGAAGUGCAAUCUUUACGGUCUAGAUCCAGAGCAGUUAGUCGAACGCGGAGAAGAGAUGGAAGAAUUCGGUGGCUAUUUCGUCGUCAAUGGAAAUGAAAAGGUUAUCCGGCUGCUCAUUAUGCAACGACGAAACUACCCUAUAGCGAUGGCAAGAAACGGCUGGAAAAAUCGUGGUUCAAUGUUUUCAGAGUUUGGGGUAUCGUUACGUAGUUGCCGCCGAGAUCAAAGUGCCCAAAAUAUGGUUCUCCAUUAUCUUACCAACGGGACAGUGCAGGUCAUGAUCACGUAUCGAAAAGAAGUGUACUUUGUGCCAGCUGUUUUGCUAUUGAAGGCGCUCGUUAACAAAAGCGACUACGAUAUUUAUCGGACCCUUACUCAAGGGUGUGAGAACGACUCAUUCUAUAAAGGUUGCAUCACAAACAUGCUCCGGUUGGUCCAAAACGAAAACAUCUUAACCCAUCAAGAUGCAAAGGAAUUUAUUGGAGAUAAAUUUCGUAUUAAAAUGUAUGUGGCUGAGUGGAGCUCGAACGCAGAUGUUUGUGACCAGCUCCUUAAACGAUGUGUGUGUGUUCAUCUCGACAGUAACGAAGAUAAGUUCAACCUUAUGUGUUUUAUGGUACGAAAACUCUUCGCCGUUGCAAAAAACAAAUGUGCUCUGGAGAGUGCAGAUUCGACAAUGAAUCAGGAAUUACUUUUGCCAGGGCACAUCUAUCUUCAUAUUCUCAAGGAGAAGAUAGAAGGUUUGCUUGUCGGUGUGAAGAUCAGCAUUGACAAAAAGAUCCAGCGAUGUGGCGGCGACCCUAACUUACUUACAAUUAACUACUCAUUCAUGUCUAACGCGCUAGGACAGGCUGGCGAUGUAACAAAUGCCAUGAACUACUUUCUAUCGACAGGAAACCUAGUCUCAAAGACCGGUCUUAGCCUUCAACAGACCUCAGGCUUUACGAUACUAGCGGAGAAGCUUAACUUUUGGCGUUAUCUCGCACAUUUCCGCUGUGUACACAGAGGUUCGUUCUUCAUGGAAAUGCGAACAACAACAGUACGUAAGUUACUUCCUGAAGCAUGGGGCUUCAUCUGUCCAGUGCAUACGCCUGACGGAGGUCCGUGUGGUUUGCUGCUCCACCUGAGUGCUAUGUGUGAAGUUGUUGUAAAAGUCUUCUCGACUGCUACGAUUGAAACAACGCUACGGUCACUUGGUAUGAUCGCAAUCGGGUCUCUUACAGAACCUGAUUAUGAAAGCUCGUAUCAAGUUCAGUUGGAUGGAAGAUGCAUAGGUUGGGUAUCUGAAGAUGACAUCGAACAAUUGCAUGUAACACUACGAUACCUAAAGGCCACCGGUGAAGCAAACAUUCCGCCCACGUUAGAGAUUUGUGUCAUCCCGAGAACGGAACAAAAUUCAUUAUUUCCUGGUCUGUAUAUCUUUUCUACGCCUGCACGGAUGAUGCGUCCAGUGUUGAAUAACCGUACUCAGACAGUUGAGUGGAUUGGCACACUCGAGCAGGUACAUAUGGAUAUCUGUGUCAUUGCGGAAGAGGCACAUGAGUUGACGACGCAUCAAGAGCUACGCGAGACGGCCAUGCUGUCAGUGCUCGCCAACCUAAUUCCUUGGCCUGAUUUCAACCAAUCACCGCGUAACAUGUACCAGUGUCAGAUGGGAAAGCAAACAAUGGGAUCACCCAUGCAUACCUUCCGCUAUCGUGCGGACAACAAGCUGUAUCGACUGAUGUACCCUCAGAGCGCGCUUGUGAGGCCAACAUCUUAUGAUCAUUUCCAAAUGGACGAGUACCCAUCGGGAACGAAUGCUGUUGUUGCCGUAAUAUCGUACACGGGAUACGAUAUGGAAGAUGCUAUAGUUUUGAACAAAAUGAGUGUUGAGCGCGGAUUUAAGGCCGGUGUAGUAUAUAAAACAGAAACGAUCAAUUUGCGUAAGUUAUCUGGGGAUGUGGGAGUCCAGACAUCGUGCGUUUUUGGUCGAAAGGCAGGAGAUUCUGAGUUACAGAAAUUUGUAGAUGUUGAUGGCCUGCCAUACAUCGGCAGCAGGGUAGUACAGGGAGAUCCGGUAUGUGCAUAUAUAAAUUUGACCACGGGACAACUGAAGACUGUAAGGUAUUACUCGACCGAGCCAGCAAUCGUGCAUGAAGUGAAAAUUCUUGGUAAUGAUUCCGGUACAGACACCCUCCAACAAAUCCAGUUGACGUAUCUUAUUGAUCGAACGCCAAUGAUCGGAGAUAAGUUUGCUUCACGAGCAGGCCAAAAAGGUAUCUGUUCGGCCCUCUGGCCUACAGAGAGCAUGCCAUUCACAGAUAGUGGUAUGGUUCCAGAUAUAAUCUUUAAUCCGCACGGAUUUCCAUCUCGAAUGACUAUCGGUAUGGUUGUUGAAUCGAUGGCUGGUAAAUCCGCUGCACUACAUGGCUACGUUCAUGAUGCUUCUCCAUUCAAGUUCUCAGAGGAAUAUCCCAGCUCAGCGUAUUUUGGGGAACUUCUGCAACGGGCAGGCUAUAAUUAUUAUGGCACCGAAAGGAUGUACUCCGGUGUUGAUGGUCGCGAAAUGGAGGCAGACAUAUUCUUUGGAGUGAUUUACUAUCAACGGCUACGUCAUAUGGUUGCUGACAAAUACCAGGUACGAACAACGGGUCCAGUCGACUCGUUAACGCGACAGCCCGUUAAAGGACGCAAGCGAGGUGGUGGGAUCCGUUUUGGUGAAAUGGAAAGGGAUUCAUUGUUAGCGCACGGCACAGCUUUUUUGUUGCACGAUCGGCUUUUCAACUGUUCUGAUAAAACUCUGUGUCAGGUAUGUGCGACAUGUGGAAGCAUUAUAUCCCCAUUGUAUGCUAAACCAGAGAACUCGGUGGUGCGUGUAUGGACCUGCUCCGAUUGCAAAAGCACAAAAAACAUUGUCGUCAUCCCCAUACCUUACGUAUUCAGGUAUCUUGCUGCUGAAAUGGUUUCGAUAAACAUGAAGAUUAAAAUGGAUGUGAAAUCGCUUGAGCAAUAUAGGAUGAAAGAAUAUUAAAUUAUCUGUAUAUUUCGUACAUUAGUGUUUAAAUAAUAUUAUUAUGUGCAAAAAGCACCGUUUUGACGUGAUCGAAAUAAUACCCGCGUCACAAACAUCACAAGGGUUACCGCAGCCCUCAACUGGUUAACUGUUACGUUACUGUUCAAUAAUGCUCGUACGUUUAUUGUAGUAUCAUGUCGUCUACGCUGGCAGAUGUACCAACACGAUGAAAACCUCACAAAAACAAUUGUCAAAACUAAUAAGCCUAUGAGUGCAUCGUAUAAUUUUACAUUAGUAGACUUGGUAAAAACCACAAACCAAUAUCUGCUACUAUGGUACUUCACCAAGUGCGUAUUCUCUACUGUAAAAAAAAUUCGCUAUUAAUUUACUAUCUUCACUAAUAUUAAUAUUGUUGUUAUUACUUAUUAAUUCUGUG